UCAACAACUGACGUUGCAGUCAAAAUCCAACAGACUUUGCAACACUAUGAUAGCCAAUAUAUGUAUUAUUUUUGUGGCUGUCACUUCAACGAUAGCGUUGGAGUGCAACCCGAAAACUUGCAAGGGAGAGACACAGACAUUAUGCAAAUAUCCAUCACCAUCUCCGGCGGCCAGUUGCGGUAAAGUUACUUCAAGUACUUUAACACAAGCAGAAAUAAACGAAAUCCUAAAAGCCCACAAUGAUGGACGAGCAUUGGUGGCAAGUGGCCGUGAAAAACUUGGGAAUCCUGGACCACAGCCAGCUGGUAAUAUUCCGGCACUCAAGUGGGACACCGAAUUAGCACAAGUUGCUCAAAGAUGGGCCAACCAAUGCAAUUUUGGUCACGAUAAAUGCCGUGAUGUUCAACGGUUCCAAGUUGGACAGAAUGUAGCCUCUAAAAUGCACAGUAACGGACAUGUUGCAAAAAUGGGUGAAUUGGUUAAAAUGUGGUACGAUGAAGUAAAGGACUUUGACAGCCGCCAGGUUAAGAGCUUCAAAUGGCAAUCGAAGCCGCAAAUUGGACACUACACCCAACUUGUUUGGGGUGAUACCACUAGCGUAGGUUGCGGUGCCAUAAGAUAUGUUGGUAGUGACAAGUGGUACACUACCUACUUGGUUUGUGACUAUGGGCCAACUGGAAACUGGAUCGGCAGUCCACUUUACCAGACUCGUUAAUUUGAAUUUUGACGUGUUUUUGUUUCCAUUGAAUUUAUUUUUUCAAAUUCAAACACUUAUUGUUAUUAAAACAAUAAAAAAUUAUUAA